CUUGAGGAUUGGUUUUUUCUGAAUCAAACCCAAAAUAAGACGAGGUCAAAAACGGGGAAUCAUACGAGUAUAUAUAUUCGAUGGCUUUGGGAAAUUUCUACUCCAAGAUGGGCAGUUGAAGCUCUUUACCUUAAGAACUUUAUCCAAGAUGGUACUAGGAUUUAUACUCAUAAUCCUGAUUAG